AUGUCGGUGGGAGGCAUUGGACGAGUUUGUGUGAGAUCAGAUAUUGAUGAGAAGACAACGACUAUGUUUACCCAACGAAGCUCUAGUAAAAGAGAAGGAGGAGGCACCAAAUCGAGGUUCACCGGAAAUUGCAGCACUUUCAGGCUGCCCAAAAGAUCAGAAUUGUCACCUAUGAAAUAUCUCAAACACGUUGGUCACAAGAUGGCGGCAGCUCUGCGAUUGGUGUCGAGGCGGAGGAGAGGGUCUCCAAAAGUUUCCUCCUCACAAAAGGCAAAGACAUGCGUUGCUCCAGUUGAUUCUCACAGGGCUGAAGCCAUAGAUGAUUGCAUUGAGUUCAUUAACUCAUCUUCUUCCUUGCAAAGAUCCAAUUCAUCAGUCGGCCAUAAGGGUACUGAAGUUGGUGUUCAAUUCUUGGACAUAGCAUAUGGUCUUGUUCCCGAAUCUGGUGAUGUGCAUAGUUGUCUUGGCCUUCUCGUACCAGGUAGGCUAGGCUUGGCUGCCAGCCAUGAAGAGGAUAGGUGUCGGUGA